AAAUGGUCUAUAAAAAUGAAUUUGUGGCGAUUUUAAGUAGAUUUAGGGCGAUAAGUAGAAGUUCAGCUUGUAAAAUACUUCCUCCGUUUCUAAAUAAGUGCAACAUUUCUUGUUUUCACGUUUGCCAAUGCAUUAUUUUAACCAGUAAUAUCUUCAAUUAUCAAUAAGUAAAAAUUAUAAAAAGUUGAUAUUAAAAAAAUUCACAUUUAGACGAAUCUAACAAGAUCCCACAUGACUAUGUUUUUCCUAAAAUGCAAAUCACUAAAGCUAAUUGAAGUUUAAACUGUGAAUAGUAAACACUAUGCAAAUGUUGCACUUAUUUAGAAACGGAGGAAGUAUGCAGGUUUGGCACCUACUUCCAUAGGAUAUUAGGAAUUUAGGAUGACAUAAGUGUAACAGCGGAAUCACAAGAUACACAUGUACCACUUUUAACCAUGUCGUGGACCUCGUGGUGCAAUAAGACUUUUUCUCUUUGCAACAAGAAAUCGACCUUUUUUUCUUUUGUUUUUAAUAGGAAAAAAGAAGAAAAGAAUCCUGAAUUUGUCGUUCAAGAAGAAAGAUAUAUUACUAAAAAAUAGGGAAUGAAGUAAACGAGUUUCAAUUGAAACCCUAACUCAUUUUAGAUCUAAAUUAAGUCAAGAUUCCGCCUUUCUUCAAGAUUUUGUGGUUGCUUCAGCUGAAUUUGGGGAUCUUCUAUUCAUCAUUUUAAUUUCAAAGGUAAAAUUUUUCCAUUUGUUUUCAAUGCUGUGAAAUUAAGCUCAUUUUGGAGUGAUUAACUUCGGUUUAAUUAUCUGGGUUUUGAUUAUCUUGCAAAUUUAGAGAUACCCAGUUGAAUUUUUUGUGGGUUUUUUUUUUUCAUUUUUGUGUGAAUUUAUAGAGACCCAUUUGAUCAUUUUUAGUUCAUAGUGUAGAAAUAUAUUUCUGGGUCCGAGAAAAAUGGGUCAUGAUUCUUUGUUGAAGGAGGAAGAUAAGGUUAUGGUGGAAGCUGUUGUGGGAAAAGAUGCAUAUAAUUUCUUGAUGUCUACAGCAUGUGAUGAUUCACUAUCAGAAUUUAAUCCCCCAGGUGAUAUAUUGAAUUUGCAACAAGGGUUAUGUCAGAUUGUUGAUGGAUCUAGUUGGAAUUAUGCAAUUUUUUGGCAAAUUGCUAGCUCUAAGAAUGGUAAGGCAGUGUUAAUAUGGGGUGAUGGGCAUUGUCGAGAUCCGAAGGCGGUGGUAGCUAGAGAGGGAUUGGAUGGUGGGAAUGGUAAGUUUGGUGAGGUGAAAAAUGAGGGGAAAAAGAGGGUUCUUGAGAAGUUACAUGGUUGCUUUGGGGGGUCAGAGGAGGAUAAUUUUGCUGCAACCUUAGAUAAAGUAUCGGAUGUAGAGAUGUUGUAUCUUACAUCCAUGUAUUAUUGGUUUCGUUUAGACUCUUCUCUAGGUCCUGCAAAGUCGUUUACUAGUGGCAGGUCGAUUUGGGUUUCGGAUGUUAGAAGUUGCUUAGAUCACUAUCAAUCUCGUGCACACUUAGCGAAAUCUGCUAUGUUUCAGACUGUUGUGUUUGUGCCUGUGAAAACCGGAGUUUUAGAGUUGGGUUCGGUAAGAACAGUCAUGGAAGAGCAUAGUUUGGUGCAAAUGGUAAAAAAGAUAUUUGGUGAAUCACAAUCUUUUCCGGCUAAGGUGUCACCUAAAGUCUUUGGGCGUGAUCUUAGCCUUGUUACUUCUAGACCACGCUCAAUGAACAUAAGUUUUGCUCCAAAGACGGAAGAUGAUGCCUCAUUUUCUGCAGAAUCCCGUGUUGGUGCGAGUGAUAUGGGUGCUAAGCACAUCUAUGGGUCAUCAUCUAAUGGUAAACAUAGUGAACAAAGUGACAAGAGAGUCUUUUCAGAGAUCAAUUUUGGGGGUUCAAAUCCCGAGAGUGAUUUCCCGGCGCUAGACGAGGCUAGUGAAGAGCUUUUGUUGCAGGCAGCCGAGUUAAGAGCACGAAAGAGACCGAGUAGAAGACCUGCUAGUGGGAGAGAAGAAGCAAUGAGCCAUGUUUUGGCAGAAAGACAAAGGCGUGAGAAGCUUAACCAACGGUUCUAUGCAUUGAGAGCUGUUGUCCCGAAUAUCUCCAAGAUGGACAAAGCUUCACUCCUUCUUGAUGCCAUUUCAUAUAUUAAUGAUCUCCAAACAAAGAUUGGGGAGCUUGAAGCUGAAAAGGAGGUGGCUAAUCCCAAGGAAGAGGCGUUUGAAAUCCCGGAGAUUGAUUUUCAAGCUAGGCAAGAUGAUGCACUUGUUCAUGUUAGUUUUCCGCUUGAUGCUCACCCUGUUUCCAAAGUAGUUAAAACUUUAAGGGAACAUCAGCUUGUCGCACUCGAGGCUAAUGUUAGCACAAAAGAUGAUAAGAUGGUUCAUACAUUUACUAUCCGAGCUCAAAGUGAUGGGGCUGAGAAUCUAAAGGAGAAGCUCGAGGCUGCUCUUUCCAAAUGAUAUUUCAAUAGGAGGAAAUUUGCUUGUAUAAUCAUUCUUUGUUGUAAAAUCUUGAUGUAGGUAACAACUUUUAGAUGAGGUUUUGUUUUUCUUCUUUCUAAAUCAUCUAUUUAUGUUGUACUAUUUCUUGUCUGAGAGUAGUAUUUAUGUUAAGUAUUGUGUGCCUUGUUAGACACUGUAUUAAUCAAAACCAGAGGUCCCUGUUGCUUGGCUGA